AUGGCAGCUGAAUAUGUCAAUGGCGCGCUGGGUAUCGGGAGGGUCGAUUGGACGUUCGGAGGCGUUUAUCAGAGAGACAUCGGUUUCUCGAGUUUUCUUACCGAUAGCUAUGCCGCAGAAGAACGGGACUACGUGGAGAUCGAGGAACAUAGGGGCUUAAAAGACGUAGCAAAUGCAGGAGAGGGUCAGAGGAGGAAAGACGUGUUGAAACGGGGUAUCUGGAUCCUGGAUACAAUGCGCAGCGAGUUCGCAGCGCACAGCCGGUCUUCGCGGAGCUCAUAUUUGAACCACUCCAACGCCCUCGUUGAUUCGAAGAAGAUGCGCCUCCUCGUCCCAAGAGGCUCCUGGCUUCGGGAAGUUGCGGUCGAUCAGCAUCAGCAUUCGAUUUGCUGGAUAUCCUUAGUGUUAGAACUUUCCGUAUGUUCCGCUUCUGGAUGUGAAGUCCCAUCGUUCAGCCUUCCUGGCGUCGAGUCUCAGGUUGGUGAAUAG